AUGAACAAAUCAGAUUGGAUGCAUCGCUACUUUUCAGACUAUAAACAGAUAGUUCGUUUAGUGGCAUGGAUUCUUCGCUUCAAACAUAAUUGUUCAGUUAAACAAAAUUUAAGAUUGUGUGGAGAGUUGAAUUCUCACGAAUUUAUCGAAGCUGAAACGAGAAUUGUAAAAGUAGUACAAGAAGAAUCAUUUUGUGAAGAAGAUAGAAAGAUACGCAAUCUCGAAACAUUUAAAGAUAGUAAAGGUGUCAUACGUGUUAGAACAAGGAUUUUGUACCGAGAUGACACAGACGAUUUUCUUAUGCCAGUACUACUUCCAUCAGAACACGAAGUCACAAAAAGACUUAUUUUGUAUGAACACAAAAGCAACUGUCAUGCUGGUACACAGGUUCUUUUGAAUAUAUUGAGAGAGAAAUAUUGGGUCCUAAAUGGUAGGAAAACUAUUAGGAAAAUUUUAUCGAAAUGCGUUACUUGUUUAAGACACAAGGCAAAGUGUCUUCAGUCAGACCCGACACCUCUUCCAGCCGAUAGAACAAAAGAUGCAGCCGUUUUUCAGAUCACGGGAAUAGACAUGGCAGGUCCAGUUUUUAUAAAAGAAAAGCAGAAAAUCUGGAUAAUAAUAUUUACAUGCGCAGUCUAUAGAGCGGUGCAUUUAGAAUUGGUGAAUUUUGCAUCUACUGAGAGUUUUCUGAUGGCCUUUAAGAGAUUUAUGUCUCGACGUGGUAGAGUGUCUGUGGUAUAUUGCGACAACGGCCCAAAUUUCGUCGGUGCGGCUAAUGCACUAAAGCUUAUUGAUUGGAACCAAGUCCUAAAGUCUGGAGCCGUGCAGACUAUUGUAUGGAAGUUUAAUCCCCCUGCUGCCCCAUGGUGGGGCGGUUGGUGGGAGAGGCUCAUUAGAAUUGUUAAAGAUCUUUUAAAGAGAGUCUUAGGAAAAGCAUAUUUGACAUAUGAAGAAAUGUCAACAAUAUUAACCGACUGUGAAAGGAUCGUUAACGCGCGACCAAUGACUUAUGUUUCUGAAGGUGAUAGUUUAAGACCUCUAUCCCCAGCAAUGUUUUUGCAUGACAUUAAAGAGACUAGUUUACCAGAUAUAGAAGUUUUAGACCAGAAAUCACUGAGUAGAAGAGUGAAGUACAGACAAAGAAUUUUAAAUGAUCUAAAGAAAAGAUUCAGAUCAGAAUAUCUCGGACAGCUUGUACAGAAACCUAAAAUCAAAAAUCUACGUUCCCUUCGAAUCGGGGAAAUAGUACUGAUCGGAAGCGAUAAUGCUAAACGUGUUGAUUGGCCUUUAGGAAAAAUUACCGAAAUUAUCCCUGGCAAAGACAACAAAUCUCGACUUGUAAGGGUGAAAACCGAACGUUCAACAUUUCUUAGACCCAUUCAACGAAUAUUUCCGUUGGAAAUACCGUCAAUAGAUGACUUGCCUGUUGACGAGAUUGCUGCUGCAGAUAAACCAUCACGAUCAGCAGGAAUCAAAAGUUCAACCUUAGUUCCUGAGAGGGAAGUCAAGACUGUGAAUCGAAGACUUACGCUACAAGAAGUGGUAGAGUUGUUCGAAAACUUCAAAAAUUGGACUUAUAGACAUACAUUAAGAACUUUAAAGUUAAUAACAAUUUAA